AUGUCAACGACACAAUCAACUCCACAUUUACAACGACGACGAUCGAGUAGGGCUGCUCCGGGCGAGAAGUUUGAUGACUAUAUCAUUCGUCGUAAAGCCGAGAUUGAGCAAGAACAUAAACGCAUUUCCAUUUAUACAAGUCCACUCUUGGUCAGCUCGUAUUUUAUCAUGUUUGCAUAUUACGAAGCUCGAGCAACUAUCAGCUUCCUUUGCAGCAAAGGCAGAGUCACUGUGGGUCUACUUGCAGCUGUCGCCGGCAUGAUAUACAUUGCUUAUCAAGUCCAAGGCCCGCACCAACAGUUUAUUCAUGAGCUUGGACGAAUCGCAUUGUGGUACGGUUACUGGGUGCUUCUGGGUAUUGCUUCCGCGUUUGGAUUAGGCACAGGACUACACACGUUUUUGCUUUUCCUGGGACCUUACAUUGCCGAAGUAACAAGGGAUGCAUACCAAUGUCAAGGAGCUGAUUUCUUGGUGCGAGAUCCCACAACCUAUCGAUUGCAUUGUCCAAGCGAUGUGUCCGUAUCGGCAACAAUGGCAGCAGCUGUAUCACUAUGGGACAUCUUUUCAAAGGUGCGAUGGGAAAGCUUUGCAUGGGGGGCAGGCACUGCUCUUGGUGAGCUCCCACCAUAUUUCGUUGCUCGUGCUGUUGCACUCUCUGGCGGAAAAAGUGAGGAAUUGGCAGAUUUUGAGGCAGGCUUGGAAAAAUCGGCUGAACAACGCACGUUCAAGGAGCAGUUGACCUAUUGGCUUUAUCAUGGCAUGAAGCGACUCGGAUUCUUUGGCAUUUUGUUUUUCGCCUCCAUCCCAAACCCAUUGUUUGAUUUGGCUGGUAUCAUUUGCGGCAAUUUCUUGGUGCCAUUUGCCACGUUUUUUGGUGCAACAUUCUUGGGCAAAGCAUGUAUCAAAGCGUCUUUACAGUCCUUGAUUGUCAUUCUUGCAUUCUCCAACGACACGUUAAGCGUCUUCCUCUCCACUUUGCAAAAGAAAGCACCAGCCAUCCAUGUCAUUGUUGAACGCAUUAUCCAUGAACAAGCACAUAAAAUUGGCAAGGGAGAAGAUGACUUUGGACAGGAGCAGACAAACAUUUUCGGGAUUGCAUGGAACGUGUUCCUUUCAUUGAUGGUGUGCUACUUUGUUGUUUCCUCGAUCGAAUCACUUGGAUUGGCUUAUAUGAAACGAGAACACCAAGAAGAAAUGAAGCGCCUGGAACAACGACGCCAAAACAAGCGAUCUCAAAAAAGCGAUAAGAAACGGAGCUCUCCAUAG